ACUGGUGCUGAUUGGGAGUAUCGUUGGUGUUGGUGGUGCGACGAGUCGAAGCGUACUGGACUGGCUGGUGCCGUGCAUCGUUGAAUUCUUGAGCAAUGACGAUUGGGCUGUAAGGAAGGCGGCUGCAGAAACUCUAGGGAGGGUGGCCGUGGUUGAGAGGGAUUUGGCUGUAGAUUAUAAAGCAUCGUGUAUCAGUUCUUUGGAAAGUCGGAGAUUCGAUAAGAUCAAGGUUGUUCGGGAGACAAUGAACCAAACUUUGGAGUUAUGGAAGGAGAUUCCUGACGCUUCUGAAGAUGUCUCUACUGCAUCUUUGUCUAAAUCUCCUCCCACUGAUAAUGGCAAUGGUGGAUGCUUUCCUCCCGUUUCCACAUGCCCCCAUGAAGACAGUUUGAGAACGCCAUUGAAGAAAACAGUUCCCACUGGCAGGUCCUCUCCAUUGGGUGUAUCACGUGUGACAAACAAUAAUAAAAAGGUUAGUCCAAGGAGCACAGAUAAGACUUCAAGCACACCAAUAUCCAAGCUGGAACGUCAGAAAUCCUCCGAUUGGAGCGUCGAAAUUGCAGUAUCAAACUCCCCCUCUUCAAAAUUUGCUUCUGAGAACAAUGCUGCUGGGAGUGGUUCUGGAAACAUUGGUACAAUCGGAAAUUCCCAUCUUAAUGCAAAACGAGCUCUUUAUAAUGAUAUGCGUGACGAGAAAGUUAACAAGUUCAGCAAUUUGAGAUCUGGGUCUCGUGUGGUUCCAUUUGAGGAGCAUGAGAAUAGAGACUCGGAUGUUACUGUUGGCAGCUCAAGUGAAGAAACUUUCGGGAGCCACAAAGAUUUUGAAGAUAUCUCUCUGAUCCGUGACCAACUUCGUCAGAUUGAGAACCAACAAUCUAGCCUUUUAAACCUUCUGCAGAGCUUUAUUGGGAGUUCCCAGAGCGGGAUGAAUUCAUUGGAGAAACGAGUACAUGGACUGGAGAUGGCACUAGAUGAAAUAUCUUACGACUUGGGUUUGUCAAGCGGACGGGUACCCAACAAUGGUUUUGCCGAAAACUCAUGUUGCAAGCUGCCAGGUGCAGAGUUCUUAAGCUCCAAGUUCUGGAGGAGAGCAGAAGGGCGGUAUUCUAGUUCAAAGUUCUGUUCUACGGCACCGCCUAAUGAUCUGCAUCACACCCCUGAUAGAGACUCUGUUGCAGAAUCAAUUAAGCAGAACAGCCAAAGAUUCUGGUCACAAAGUAGAGGAGGGUUAGUUGUGAAUCCGUUGGCCGACGUCGAUGGUGAACUUAGAGAAAACUUGGGGCAGUAUCCGAAAAGAUUACUGAAGUCUGUAAUCCAAGAGGAUGAUGGUGUGCCUAUUUACAAUGCAAAUGGGACUGAUUAGGUUCCCUCAGUCAUUUCAAAACUAGCCGUAAACAUCUCAUCAGCAGGCCUUUUCCUAAUCAGAGCGAGCAGGGUGGUCCUGAAAAGGCUGAAAGCGACGAAUGACCGAGUUCGUGUGGACGGAUCUUGCGGAAUUUGACUUCUCAGACUUGGCAUUAACCUCAAGAUUUGAAGGGAAGGUCUUCACGGAGGUCCUUUUCUAUUAUAAUGGUGAUGCCAGAGGCUGUCUUCUUUGCCACGUGAAACUGACAAGAAGAGUAAAAUCUUUACUGUUUACUCCGUCUCUUUUCUGGCCUUGUCACUUCUCUUUCACACCUUUUCUUUGACAAGAAGGAAAAAAGAAAAAGAAAGAAAGAAAGAGCUGAUCAGGCUUUGUAUGUGUUGGCCAGUGAAUAACAUAAAAUCAAGCACAGUUCUCUUUUAGAUUGCUGAAUUAGUAGCCGAAGAAACUGAAAUGCAUCUUAAAUGCCACAAGGGGAAAAUUUUUUAAAGAUACUUUUGGACAGCCUCCUCUCUCUGUCUCUACCAUAAACACAGAACUAAACAUAGGCCAGACACUAGUGAAAAGUUUUGAUAUUAUGAUCCUUCUUCAUAAUACCAAAUGAUGAAGGGCGCCUCUGAUUUUGAUGCAUAUUUGGACCAGUGAAGAGCAUGUAUUCUUGGACAUUGGAAUCCAACACCUCUUCAAUGUUCAUAAUAGAUCUGGUGACAAAUGAAUCUAGACUUAAUUUCAGAUGCAUGAAUUGUGUAUAGUUAAAUUCAUGAAUCAGGAGAUAUAUGAAUGAUCAUGCCGAGACAGUGAUGGGUUCGAAUUCAAGAGAAGGUCAUGGCGAGUAUGAAGUAAUAGUAUUUGUAUCAUGUGUUUUUUGAGAUAUCUUUGAUACAUCACUUGUUGCUUCCAAAUUCUUGUGAAUGAUCUUACUCACUUGAGUCUUGUGAUUCUGUGUUA